AUGGUGGACGACGAGAUGAGGGCGCGGUUCGCCGCUGCCAACGCACUCCUCAAACGCGAUACGGUGCCCGAUGUAGAAGAUGCUCUUAAGCAAUUCAGCGAGAUUCUGCGGCUCCGUCGAAACGACAACCUCGGUGUACGGGACAUCAUUCCCCAUCUUCUGCUGCGGCUCGACCGGGACCAGGAGUGCUACGAUUUCCUCAAGUGGUGGGCCAUUCCCACCGACAUGUUCUUCUCAGGAGCGCCAAGCCUCAGUCACCUCGUGGCCCUCACCCUUCUUAAGUUGCGCCUUUAUCUCGACCUAAGCGCAUAUGACGAGUCUCGAGGUGGGUUCGGCGAGCCUAGCUACGCGCUCGACCGACCUGUGGGAAGGCUUUCGCGACAAUUCAUGAGGACCAUGAGACUGCGGGACAUCUCAACGAAGGUUGACACACUGAAAGACCAAUACCUGAAGCUCUGCCAGGUGGUGCAUGAAGCAAACUCGUUCUUCUGGGAAGUUUUGGUGGAGGAUGAGGCCCCCUCCCUGCCAUCCUCCUUCAGCCCUGGUUCUCAAGAGGAGGCGGAUUUAGUUCUUCACCAGUGCCAACGUGCCUGGCAAGACAUCGAAGAUGCUAUCAUAAUGGUUGAUUCGGACACUUGCGGACUUACCCGCGUGUAUGAGGGUAAAGCUGCUGAUGUUGGUGUGGGCAACCCGUUAUCGGAAGCCCUGAGAAAGGGAACCGGAAAGGUGUUUCCAUCACGAUUCGAGCCUCCGCUGCCGACGUCCCACCCCGCUGAGCUCUUCCCGCCAACUCCUAUGGUCCGCAGCCAGACGAUUCGGUUUAUCUGCCGCAACGACAGAAACAAGGUCCUCGUAUACACCGACGGUGCUUGUUCAAACAACGGUCAGCUGGAACCUCGUGCAGGCUGGGCCGUCGUGUGCGGACCGCCUGGAAAUGACGAAGAGAGUUACCGCGGUGUUGUGUCCGGUCGGCUCGAAGACAAGGGCCCAUUUGGGGAUGACAGCGUGGCGACAAGCAAUCGAGCUGAGCUGCGGGCAGCCAUCGGCGCCUUGCGCCUCCGUGACUGGCAGAAUGAGGGCUAUCACAGCAUUGUCAUUGCAACCGACUCAUCUUAUGUGGUCGAUGGCGCCACCGGCUGGGCUAAAGGUUGGGUGCGCAACGGGUGGAAGACGCGUAACCGCGACAAUGUCAAGAAUCGAGAUUUGUGGGAGGUCUUACUUGGUGAAGUGGAAAGAUGGAAGGACCAGGGGAUGACUGUUGAUCUGUGGAAGAUCCCACGGGAGCUGAAUGGCGACGCCGAUGCGGCGGCGAAACGGGUGGCGCAAAAUGGAGGGGCCAAGGCUGAAUUUGGAGAUAUUACGUUCGGCUUUUCGUUCGGCUCUUCGCAAAUCACGACGACCGGGACCGGACCAAGCUCUCGUGUCCUUACGCUGUGCCUUGAGGGUGAAUCUCUAUUCGACGCUUGUUGUGGAAACCUGGUCUCGCAUAUCAGUUCGAAAGCGAAGAUGGAGCGAGCCACGACGCCAGAAGCCGCCCUGACCAUGCUUAGACAUCAGCCGCCUCCGUCCGUCAUCCUUGUCGUCGAUGGAGCUCUCACGCGUCAGAAGAAGGUUUGGGAGUGUGUCAUCGACCGCCUCCGUGAGGGGGCCACAGUUGUGCUGGCAGGUUGUUUCAGCAGCAUGGUGACCGGGGGCCAGUUUAACCGCUUCUUCGCGAGGCUGGGUCUUCCCUGGCAGAGAGGAUCUUAUAACCGGACAGACGUGAGCUUGCGCAGCGGUGUUGUUGAUGGCCACCUGACAAGUCGGCUCCCUUCGUCAUACAGCCAAAAGGCGCUGUUCGUUAAAGGCAUAGAGAGAUCAGCGGCCUGGUACACUGAAAGGGAAACAUCGAGUGAGGCUGCAGUGGUGUUCGCCAAGGUUGGGUCAGGCAGGCUCGGUUAUGUCGGGGAUGUAAAUGGAGAAGAGGGCUCGAACAUGGCGGUUUUGGCCAUGUGUGGGCUUUUGAACUGA